UCAAACUGUCACUGUUACGUCUGUCUGACUGACAUUGUGUCUUCAAAUCAAAUCAGCAGCAUAUUUUUUUACGAUUAUUCAGUUCUCAUGCAGAAUUUUAUUAAGUACUUGUUUUAGUUUUUUAUGGUCUUCACGGCAUUAAGUAGUCAGAGCUCGUUCCUAUUUUAGUUACCGAAAAAUCUAUUACUGCUUUCAAGGAAUAGCAGCUAUGGUUCUUAAUAAGACGGUACAGUUGACAACAGCUAAAAAAAGGAGAGAUAGGAAAAAAAGAGCACAAAUCAGCAAACUACAAGAACGUGAAAUAAUAAACAUAGAUAGCAAAUCAAAUGAAUCUUGCCUUGAAAUAAAACAGAUAGAAUCAUCUAAUAAUUAUCAAAAAGCUAAACCAGUAUCAGUGAUACCGGGAAAUGAAAUUAAUCAUAACAUUCUUAGUCAACCAAUAGAAAACAACAUUGAAGAUACUAUAUUGAAACCAGCCAUGUCUUCCAAAGUAGUUACUCCAAAGUCAAGAGAAGAAGUGAUUGCUGAGCGAGAGGCAAAGAAAUUAGCUAAACAAAAUGCUAAAACCAAGAUAGAUCCUAAUAAAACUAGUAACUCACCUAAUACUAAAACAGUAGCUCAAAAAGAAGAUAUACCUUCAACUCAAAAACCUAAUGAAGUGAAGAAAGCAGCUGACAAAAUAGAAUCGCCUAAAAGCAAAGAUGAGGUAGACAAGGCUGUUGUACUUACACCAGAUGUGACCAAUCAAGCCACAGAUAAAACAAAAGAACAGAUAAAGGCUGAAAGAGAGGCAAAGAAACUUGCCAAGCAAGCUAAGAAGAAAGGUAUAGCACCUGGUGGGGAUGCAACUGCAGUAAAAGAAGUCACUAAGCAAUCAGUUGCAGAGACAUUGACAAACAUUGUGGAUGUAGCUAAAGAAGUCCAACAGGUCACCGCCAAGGUAAAUGCAUUGCUAUUGAAAGUGCAAACUGGCAAGGUAGAGGAACCUGGUAAAAGCAAGGCCGAGCUCAAAGCUGAGAGAAGAGCCAAGCAAGAGGCUCAGAGAGCCGCCAAGCAAGCCCAGCAACCUGCCCCUACCAAGCCCGCUGAAACUAAAACUGCGGUUAAACCUGCAGUUCAAGCCAAUAUAGUCAAGGAAAAGUCUCCAAAGCCGAAACCUCUGGAAAAGUCUAAAACGAAGACUCAAAUGAAUGCAAUGAACUGUUUCGAACAUUUGUGUGCAGAGAGAAAUGAGGAGUCUCUCAAGAAAAUACCUUUGAAUUCCAAUAUUCACCCAGCGAUUAUCAAAUUGGGCGUACAGUUAGCUUCCCGCGUGGUGACAGGAUCUAAUGCAAGGUGCAUAGCAUUACUUGAUGCUUUGAAAAAGAUGGUGACAGACUACUCGCUGCCAGCGAAGACGGAGUUCGCGCGCGGGCUGGAGUCCCACCUGGCCGCCAGCCUCGAGUACCUGUGGUCCAUGAGGCAGCCCUCCGCCUCGCAGACCAACGCCGUCAAGUACUUUAGGUACCAUCUGACGCAGCUGCCGAAUAAUGUUGAUGAGUUUGAUGCCAAGAAGACCCUCCACGAGGAAAUCGACCGCUACAUCCGCGAGCAGAUCGACAUGGCGGGCGAGGCCAUCAGCAUCGCCGUGCGCAACAAGAUCUCCAGCGGAGACCACAUACUCACAUAUGGAUGUUCAUCCCUAAUCGAGCGCAUCCUCGUGGACGCGGUCACCGCCGGCGUGCAGUUCCGCUGCGUGGUGGUGGGCGGGCGGCUCGCGCGCGCCGCGCGGGAGAUGCUGCGCCGGCUGCUAGCUGCUGGUGUGGUCUGCACCUACCUGGAUAUUACUGCGCUUAGUGAUGCUAUGAGUCAUGUGAACAAGGUCCUGCUCGGCGCGAACUCCCUGCUGGUCAACGGCUCGGUGCUCGGCGCGGUGGGCACGGCGCAGGUGGCGCUGGCGGCGCGCGCGCGCAACGUGCCCGUGCUCGUGUGCUGCGAGACGCACAAGUUCAGCGAGCGCGUGCAGACUGACGCGUUUGUGUAUAAUGAGCUGGGGGAUCCCGACGCGCUAAUCGACUCCACCGACGACAACUCGCCCCUGAAGGACUGGCGCUCCAACCAGAACCUGAACCUGCUGAACUUGACCUACGACGUGACCCCGCCGAGCCUCGUGACGGCCGUGGUCACCGAGCUCGCGAUCCUGCCUUGUACUAGUGCACCCGUUGUGCUGCGGUUCAAGCUGUCCGAGUAUGGAAUCUAGGUGUUGAGUGAUGCUGGAUGGAAAUGCAUAGUCAUGUCAACAGUGGUUAUGUACUCUCACUUGUGCAAUGGAGUUAAAUAUACCUAGUUAAGUGACGACUUGUAACUCAGUGUUGUGUUGAGAUCAAUGCGUUUUUUGUAAAUCUUCUGGCUAGAAUAUGCUGUUAAUGCACAUUAAAAUACUGUAAAUAGAAAUGUAAAUUUCUAAAUGUAAAAGGAAUUUAAUUCUAUAGAAAUAAAUUAUUUUAUUCUUAAA